UUUUUUCUUUUAAACUUGAACUUCGUUGAUCCCGGGUGAUGUCAUACCGCUCAUAGCUAUUUGAUAUUUUUUUUCCCUCGACGCAUAAUCAUGAUCAAACCUCCCACUAUGUCUAUCAAUCAAAUUGUUCAAACCGACCCUCCCGUGAUCUCCAAACCCGUAUCAACCAAAGUGAAAAUAUUUUACAGCUUCAAAGGAUCCGAAACCAACUGCUUAUGUACAUUCGAUAUGGAACUUAAAGAACUGACGGACCGACAGUGGAUCAAAGUACCUUUAAAACGAUGUCUACUCUCUGUGUGUUCGUCAUGCCCUGAUCGACUAACAGUGAUCGAUCAAGAUACCGCCGUUUAUACCGCGAACUUCGAAGAGAACACCUUGUCCAGUGGUGUCAUCUGGGAAGGUCACGGUUUGUUAUCGACGAUCAUUGAUCAACACCAACAGGACGAUCACAUCCAAGCGACAGGCAAAGUGAUCCCAUCCACGGAUGCCGCUUACGAUUAUUGCGUGGAAAUCUUGAUGCAGUUACAUCCGGUUCCACGUUGUGCCACGCAUGGUAAAAACAUGGUGCUGAGCCCAAAACAAACAUUGCCAUCGAUGAAAUCGCUAUUAAACGAACCUGAACCUAUGCAACCUUAUCCAUCACAUGAAAUGCCACUUUUACCAUCCGUCUCACGCUCAUUUUACAAGGAAUCUUACGCAUAUCCGUCGCAACAUGAACCGUCGUCUUAUCUCGGUAAACGUUUGCCGUCUAGCGCGAGUGCCCAUUCCCUGUCGCCGAGUGAAGACAUGUCCAGUCCUUGGAUGAUCCCUGCGCUAACUCACGACGCCAAUCAAGCGUCUAAAACGACCAAACGACGUCGUAUCUCCUCCAUCAAUACCUUGCGUCACAUCGCGCUUGACGAUCACCCAAACUAUCGGAAACUGUCCCCACCGACCACGACCACGACGACGAUCAAACUCAACAAUGAUAAACCGCUCAUGGACGCUUAUUACCAUCAAUCACGUCGAAAGAAACGCGAUACGAAACCGCCCAACACGAACGAUAUCCGACCUUUCGUCGCUAUUGAAAAAGAUAAAGACGGCCACUACGUUUUACCGGCCGAAGUCGAUUCAUGGACCGUACUCAGUCUAGGCAAAGUGGUCUGGGAUCGCCCCGCAUUUCACAAUCAACGAUACAUUUAUCCGGUAGGAUACAAAGUGAAGAAAUGGUAUCGCAGUAUGGUGGACCCUCACAGUGAUACUCAAUAUACCUGUCAGAUCCUCGAUGGCGGUGAUGAACCUAUUUUUCAAUUGGAUGCCGAUGAUAACCCUGGGCAAGUAUGGCGUGGACCCACUCCGACCACUGUAUGGACCAUUGCCGUGCGAAGGGCUUUCGCUAUCCGCAAUAUGGACUACGGCCAUAACCCCGUUGGUCCCGAUUUUUUCGGCCUCCGCAAAAACACCAUUGCUAAAAUGAUCCAAGAUCUACCCAAUGCUGACAAGUGCAAAAAUUACAUCCGACAGAAUUUCGAAGCGAUGAGUACCAGCAAAGGCAAAUCCAUUCGUCGAGCCAACGCGCGGGCUGCGAGUGUCAGCCACCCGUCCACUCUCUCCUUAUCUCCCAACAUGUCCCGCUCUUUAUCCGAGGAUGGGUCGAUCGAUGAAGAAGAGGAAGAAGACCACACCAGUACGAGCGAUCAUAGUCGAACUUCUGUAAGCUAGACCGAGGAUCUCUAGCCCACCCAACCGCCUAACAUGGACCUAAAUCUAUUAAGACCUUUCCCUUUCCCUCCCCUCCCAUGUCAUUGGCAAACCACAAAAAAAGGGAAACCGGGUAAAAAGAAAAAAGGCAUGUCACUUUCCUUCACAGUUGUAGUUUUUUUUCAUCAUUUGUCACCAUAUUGAUUUCCAUCAUCCUUAAUUUAUGCUAAGAACCAUACAAGAGAAAAUUUUCCAUUUACGGAAAAACUAGCGUACCUUCUCGAAUAUAAAGACGUUAUUUUCAGGCUACAACCAUGAAUAACA